AUGGUUUUGGAAGCUACCAUGAUAAUAAUCGACAACUCCGAGUACAUGCGGAACGGAGACUUCACGCCAUCACGGUAUGAAGCGCAGUCGGAUGCUGUCAACCUGAUCUUCUCCGCAAAGACACAAUCGAAUCCCGAGAGCGCGGUCGGGUUGAUGACCAUGGCGGGCAGAGCACCAGAGGUGCUUGUCACUUUAACGACAGAUUUCGGAAAAGUACUGUCGUCGAUGACACGGACUAAAGUCCAUUCGUCCGCCCAUCUUACUACCGCCAUACAAGUCGCAGCCCUCGCUCUAAAGCACCGUCAAAACAAAGCACAGCGCCAGCGAGUGAUUGUCUUUGUGGGCAGUCCCGUGACCGAGGACGAGAAGGACCUGAUCAAGCUCGCAAAGAAGAUGAAGAAGAACAACAUAGCCGUUGACUUUAUCAACUUUGGCGAGGACGCCGAGAAUGUCGACAAGCUCGAGAAGUUUAUCGCAAACGUCAAGUCUGGGGAGAACAGUCAUCUUGUGAACAUCCCACCAGGCCCGCACCUCCUUUCGGACGUGAUUGUGACCUCUCAAAUCCUGACCGACGAAGACGGCAUCCCGCAGGUCUCCGUCGGCGGCGGUGCUUCGGGCGGCGACUCGUUCGAGUUCGGCGUCGAUCCCAACCUCGAUCCCGAGCUCGCGCUCGCGCUGCGCAUGUCGCUUGAAGAAGAGCGCGCGCGGCAGGAG